UCAUAACAAGUUUAUAAACAUUGAAAAUGGCCGAAUGACGUGAACAAACUCGUGGGGGAAUCCCAAACAUCGAACAAUAGUGGUUUCUGCUUCAUUUUCUACUUUAUAUUAAUGACAUUUAUUGAAGACAAUGCCUUGGUACUUCCCUUGGCCUGAUUAUAUCAAGAAAAAGGCAUGCAGGUAUCUACUUCAGCGAUACGUCGGCAAUUUCUUAGAGGAGAAAUUGACUCUCGAUCAGCUGAGUGUGGACAUUUACAGUGGCACUGGAACAGUAAAAGAUGUGAAGUUAGACGUCUGGGCACUGAAUGAGCUGUUGGAGAGCUGUGGAGCACCAGUAGAGAUCCGAGAUGGAAGCGUUGGAAGUAUCUCUGUUGAGAUACCAUGGUCAUCACUACUCACAUCUAGUAGCAAGGUUGAGAUUAAAGGAUUACAGCUUACUAUACAACCCAAGUACAGGACUGAAGAUGGCUCUCCAGAAGGGAAUGGGAGUAUCAGUGACUCGAUGUGGAGCAGUCUUACUAGUAGUAUCAUGCUAGCCCAGGAAUGUCUCAAGCAGGAUCCUACAGAAGGGGAGCAGGAGGCAGGGAGCAGUCAACCCUUUGAAGGACCAGAGCUCCUGGCACAGACCAUUGAAUCAGUUUUGAUGCGAGUUGAAGUGACACUGAUUGAGACUGUGGUUCGAUUAGAACAUGUACCACAAGGAUCAAGCACUGGAAUAGCUCUAGAAGUUCACAUUGAAAGGUUACGUUUCUUUGAUGAAGAUGCUCAGGAUGCGCUUCAUAGGGACCAAGGAAGCAGUGUCGACCCUGCCGAUCCACCACGCUUUGAACCAGCAGCCUUCGUACAUAAGAACCUACAGAUGAUGGGAGUCACAGUCAGAUGUGAAGAGUUUCCUGAGCAGCAGCGUCAGUCUGUUUGGGUUGUCUCUCCUUCUAGUUCUCCAUCAUCAGCUGAUCUCGUUGAAGAUGGUUCUUCUAAGGGUAUGAAUACUAAUGGAGGAAUGGAACAGAGUACAUUCUUGCAUGCAGCCUCCUCCCCUGAAAUGCCUCCUCAUCAUCCUCAUGAGAUGAAUGGGGUCAAAGGUCAUGGGUCAUCAGCAUUCACAGCUGACCUCUUAGGGUCAUGUCUGGUUGGAGAGUGUGCUGGCAAGCAAGAACUCAAAGUCAAGAUCAAGCAGAAUGAUCACAUAGCUGGACCAAAGGCUGACCUGGAUAUUUACCUGGCUUCAGUGAAUUUCUUCCUUUCUCCUAAACAAGUCCAUCUCUUGACAGAACUCUUUAGUGGAUUUCUGUCUCCAGCAACUUCAGAUGUAGCUACUGUACGAGGACGCCAGCCUAACAAGAUGAUGCAACCAGAGGAUUAUCAGAGAAUAGAGACCGAUAUACAGGAGCAUCAUCAGUUAGACCAAAGGAUGAGGAAGGAGUCUUGGAGUCUCCAUGACAAUGAUCUCGAUGACGAUGAUGAUGAUGAUGAUCUUCAACCUACCUUUCAACACUCAUUAGAUGAUGAUGAUGUGUUCUUCUCCAUGACGAGUAGCAUGAUGUCUCUCUCAACCUUCGUCCAUUCCAAUAACAUGGAAUCAUCUUUUACCAGCUCGAUCAGUUCUUGUUCCACCGAUACAAGUCGCACAGGCAGUGUAAGUCACAUGAGCUAUGGAAGCACCCUGUACAGAGCACCAGGGGCAUCACCUAUGGCUACUGCUAUGCCCAGGUCUACAGCAAACAAGAAACACAGGCACAAGAAAGGUUACACUGAGCAUCUAGAUGAUGCGGCUGAGAUGACACGCUAUAAGAUCCGUUUCAGCAGUAUCACAGCAACCAUCCUCCAUGAAGACCCUUCUCCUCCUCCUAUCAUCUCAGCAUCCAACAUCCCAUCCUCCUCCUCCUUCUCCUCAUCCCUUCCAUCCCCCGCAUCCUCUCAGACUAAGGUCGGUGGUGGUGGGAUGACCAGAGAGGAGGUGCUGUCACAGAGGGCAGGCUUCUUCUUUGGUGCGUUGGGUAAAGGUGGUUUCAGACGCAAGGAUCAAGAUGAUUGGGCGGAGAGGUUUGAGACUGCCUGCCCUCAUGAUCAUCUCAGACUAAUAGCAGCUCCAUUUACACUGGAGUGUGAAUGUAAGAGCAAUAGCCAUUGGAAUGUGACCCUAGUAGAGAUGUCUGUUGGGAGCGUUGACCUGCAAGAGUGUCUGUUCAGCAGGCAAAGUCCAACCAAUAGUCUACCCAAUAGAACACCUCAACCAGCUGAACACAUACAGAUCUUAUCUUUGAGUGGAGAAUGUGGAAGUGAAGGGAGCUAUGUAACCAAACCAAGCAUCAGGACCAAGUUAAAACAUGCACAGAAGAUCAGAAAUCAGACCAGCAAGCGGAGACAUAUAGUGAAGCCUACUCUAGAUGUGAGCAUAGAGUUGGGUGUGGUGGACUGUGAAGUGGAUAUCUCCCUAGUAGAUCGGCUUUACACCUUACUACAUCCUCAGCCAUCCUAUGCUUAUGAUUCCUCUGGUCAACGCAUGUAUCCUUCUAUGCAACCAAAUACAAGUCUGAAUAAACAGGCUUUCUUCCGACAAGCACUAGAUGAUACACCAAGUGGGUCUGACUUACAGACUAAUAUCAGUGUGACCUGCGCGUCUACAGUCAUAGCACUAAGGUUUCCCAUUCCUGAUCUGAGAGGGUUAAGUGAAGUGGCAUGGUGGAGGAGAUCAUUACGAGAUGAGAUACUCCUUGUACAGAUCACUGAUGGAGAAUUCACUUGUGCUAUCAGAGAUAACAAGACACAACAGAAGUUUCUUGUCAAAGCUAGAGAAAUCAAAUCCUCUGUGAAGCUAAAGCCAGAUGCAGCACCAAUGCCCUUCGUGAAAGUGAGUGAGGGUCGGCCAGACAAUUCAUGCAACUCAGACAGAACAUUCAACUGGCCAAGAUUACUGGUGGUAGUUAGCCCUGUCAUGCAACCCUCAGUGUUGGAAGAGGACCAAGAAGAUAGUCCACCUCCUGGACCUGAUCUUAAUAUGUCUUGGGAUAAGAGCUACUUCCAGCAGCAGGAGACAGAACCAUCACCUUUCAGCUCAAAGAAAGUCAUGUAUGAGAGUGAACAGAUGGUGAUGCCAGGAGACCAAGAAGAGAUGAGAGACUUCAUGAAGAAGACGAUACCCAACUCAAGACUAGUCUUUGAACUCAACAUCCCUAGGAUUAACAUGCUCUUAGAGAGUAAAGAAUUUGUAGAGAUACUCUACAACAGGUUUGCCAAUGACAUGCUGCUAUGGCAACCGGCAGCCCCCACACCACGAGACCCAAUGGAGAGUAGAUACCCUAACUAUCAGCAGGGAUCAGGUGGACUGGAUCUAGCUACCCAGCUGGCUGGGAGUAGUGUAGCAGAGAGGUUUGGCAUGUGCAAGUCUGGUCUGCAGUUCGAUUCCGAGUCAGAUGAUGAUGAGGAGCCGGACAGUCUUCAGUUCUAUUCCGUCUAUGAUCACACCUCAUCAUCAAUGAAUGCCAAGCAUCAUCGGUCAAAACAUGGUGGUCAGAUAGCAGAAAGGACUGGUGGUCAACAUUACAUGUCCUUUACUCUCAAUAUCAAUCAUGGUAAAAUGACCAUGGGAAUGCCCAUCAAGAACCCUGAUGGUACUGUGAGUGAGUCUGAACAUGGUGAAUGUCUUCUAGAGGUGGAGGAUGGGUGUCUGUUUGCAGUGGCAGCUUACAAGGGUAAUGAUAAUGAGAGUUAUCUCAGUCUUCAAGCUAACAGGGUAGCUCUGUAUCAUGAUGGUUGUGUAACCCACCCCUUCCGAGAGUCUCUUGACAGCACUAGACUGUCAGCUCCAGACCACAUGAAAUGCUGUCUCUAUCUCUCAGAUGAUGGAGCAUCAUCUAAGACAGGAGGGAGUGUAGGCAAAGGAGGGAACAGCCAGCAUAUGGUGUCACUAGCCAUGAAGAAUUCCUUUGAUCCUGCAGGCAAUGUCAAGACAUCCGAUUGUGCAAUAGCAGUGCGAGGGGCUACACUACGUCACUACAUGUGUCAACCUCAGUACCAUUGGAGUACUCAGUUAGGAGACUUCUUUGAUGUAAUAGAUGAACAGAUCAUGGGUUAUGAUAUGCCUGCUGCAGUCACUCAACUUCAUGCUCACUUCUGGGGCUGUGGACUAGACUACAGGCCUUUGUACUUACCAUUGAAGUCUUUCACCUUACUAGAGUCAUUGAGUAUAUCCAGUAACUUGGUAUAUGAAGCCAAGGAGUCACUACUGAGAUUUCUCAUAGACGAUGCUGCAUUGUAUAUAUCUGAAAAGUGCAAUGAUACCAAAGUCAAUCUGAAACGAGAUUAUGUGAGUGUUGUAGACCUUGGUAUGUUGGAGCUCUCUCUCAGACUGAGUAAUCAUGAAGAAAAGAAUCCCAAGACCGAGUUGAAGGUGACUAACAAUGUGGUACACGUCCGAACCUGUGCUGAUUCCUGUAGCGCCCUCGCUCGACUCCUUCUCUACCUAUCAUCUGAUGGUGAUGAAGGAUGUAACCCUGAUCAUCAAGGGGUCAAGGGAAGCAGUACGACUCAACCAGUAGAGGUCCCUUCUGAGGAGGAGCCAUCACCUAAACAAACCAACGGAGAUAGUCCUGUCUCUCACUCGCAUUCUGAUCAGAUGAAACAACUGAUGGAUGAAGCUAUGAGAGAGCUCAACGGUGAUUCACCAUCACCUAAGAACUCACCCCAAAACAGAGACCAUGUAGUCCACAUUCCCUGCACCUUGAAGCAAGACGAUGGAGCGGAGAUGUUUCUCUUCCCAGAUGAAGAUGAUGGCUUGGUUGAUGAGAUGAAGGAAGAAGAAGAUGAGGAUGAUGUUGAGGUGUUGAUUGACAUCACCCCUCCAGGAAGCAGUCCUGUCUCAUUGGGUGUGUCCUCAGGGAGUGGUGGUAGCUGGACCGAACCAGACGGCUUCUAUAAUGAUGAAGAGUUCUGUGUUCUUGAUGACCCUGGCAUGGGUGUCUUGAGACACAAUGGUGAACCUGAGGUGAAGGUAUUAGAUGAUGGACCAAUCAAGAUCGACCAAGAUCACUUUACUCCACCUAGGAGUAGAGGUGAUCAACUCAACGCUCCUCUAGACUUCCCUACUCCUACCAUGAGAUAUACACUACAAGAGAUGACAGUCAUAUGGCAUAUCUAUGGAGGUCAUGACCUUAGGUCAUCAGGGUCAACCAAGAAUAUCUACAAACCAGAUCUUAGAGGUAGCAGCCCAGCACAUAGUGGAGAGAAAAGGCAACAAGGAGGGAGUGGUAGCAGUUCCCCUCUCAGGAGACAGGGAGACAAGCCAACACACAAUGUAGCUAACAUGAGAUGGCAGGAGAGAGGAGGACCAGAAAGAGAUCAUUCUGUACUUAUGGAACUACAAAUGAACAAAGUGCGCUUCCGUCAUGAAUCGUAUCCGUCCGAUGCAAAGCAAUCUUCAAGACAGAUUCUCUUGAUCAAUGACAUUGAAGUUCGAGAUCGUCUUGCUCAGUCACAGAUCAACAAGUUCUUGUAUCUCUAUUCCUCUGAAGCCAGACCAAAGAGAACACAUGCAAACAUGGUGCUAGUGAAAGCUCUUCACAUCCGACCAGAUCCUGAUGUAGACACAGAAGAAUGCUGUCUUAGAAUCUCUCUUCAGCCUCUCAGAUUCAAUAUUGAUCAGGAUGCCUUGUUUUUCUUGCGAGAUUUCUUCACCGAGGUAUCAUCUGAAACGAGUCAAGUUCCAAGUCCAGAUCACAAGCCUAGUAGAUCUCCAUCAGACAAGAAGACAUGCAAAGUGAGGAUAACAGACGCCCCACCCCAAAUCAUUCCUAAUCAACCCGUCCCAUCAGAUCAUCCCAUCAAUAACCAAGCAGUCAAUGACAAGAUCAAAACAUCUAACUCACCUGCACAACCUAUCUUCUUCAAGUCCUUUGUAUUCUCUCCUGAUGUUCUCAUCAAGCUGGAUUAUGAAGGGAAGCGUGUUGACAUGGAUCAAGGUACAUUCCUGGGUCUUCUGGUGGGUUUAGGUCAACUCAACCAUUCUGAACUGACAUUGAAGAGACUACAUCAUAGACAUGGGUUGCUUGGUAUAGACAGACUGAUUCUGUAUGCUAUGAAUGAAUGGAUGCAAGACAUCAAGAAAUCACAGCUACCCAGAGUAUUGGGAGGUGUAGGACCAAUGCAUUCCUUUGUUCAACUCUUCCAAGGCAUGUUUGAUCUGGUGAGGUUACCAGUUGAGCAGUACAAGAGAGAUGGGCGCCUUGUCAGAGGUAUCCAGAGAGGCGCCAACUCAUUUGGUACAUCCACUGCAAUGGCUGUUGUUGAACUUACCAACAGAUUUGUCAAGCUUCUACAGGUUGCUGCAGAGACAGCAUAUGAUGUAGUGUCCCCAGGCCCCAGUGUGUCUAGUCGAGCUAUCACAUACGGUCCAUUCGGUCAGCAGAGACUAGCUAGACAACCUGCAGACUUCAGAGAGGGAAUGGCUAAUGCUAUCAAUGUAGUCAGAGAGGGUUUGGGUGAUACAGCUACAGCUAUCAUGCUGACAGCUAGGGAAGAACAUGAACAUAAGGGUGUGUCCGGAGCAGUGGGAGGUAUCCUACGUCAGAUACCACCUUCCGUUAUACGCCCUCUCAUCUUAGCAACGGAAGCAACAUCCAGCGUCCUGGGUGGGGUCAGGAAUCAGAUGCUACCAGACGCACGUAAGGAGGAUGCAGAGAAAUGGAGAUCAAAGGCAAAGUGAAUGGUCUUAUCAGUCAGUACCGUGUCUAGCAUCUCGGAUGGAGUCACAGGGGUGGGUCAGAGGCACCAAGAGUAAGAGGGAAUGGAGGUCUUAGGCAGAGUUAGCCUCAGACAUCUAGAGGGUAAUUUGUCCAUCCAUUGUGGUAUGUGUACUUACAUGUGUAAACCAUGCUGGAUGACGAUGUUGAGGCAGAGAGCAUGGAUGCAGGUGAAAUAUGAAGACCUCAUUCAAAGAUUUAACUCCUAGUAUUUAUGUACUCCAUCAACAUUAGUCUACAUCAUAUCAGAAGUACCUGUAUACUGUAGUUGUUCAUAUGUGUGAAUAGAGACAAGAGACCUAUACCGUAGAUUACUAGUAUUCCUUAUGUCUGUUUUCCUGUGACAAUAGUGAGCAGAUUAUGAUCCUGGCUAAUAGUGCAUAGUUGCAUUCCAUUUGAUGUGAUAAUGCUGGGUGCUGUGUUAUAUUAUGAAACAUUUCAAUGAAUUAUGUCAUGAACUAAGAUUUGACUAUGGAGUAUUACACAUGAAAUUAGAUUGCUAUCUUAAACUGUCUAUUUCUUCUAAAUGCAAAAGGUGUUUCAUGAAUGAUUGACAGUAGCUCUAGUGAAAUAAAUUAUCUUAAUUGGUAUUGGUAGAUGUUCUGCUUACUUGUCAUCUUAUUGCUUAUAUAUAUAUUACCUCGCUACACAUACUUUACAUUUGUGCUAUACAUGAAAUCACUGCUAUUAUUAUUUAUUAUUGAUAAAAAAUAGCAACAAAAACAUACAUCCUGAAGUUUUUCGUCUUGCACUCAUCAGAUAAAAUCGCAAGAGUGAAUAGAAAGCCAAAAUUAGGCAAUAUAAGCAGAAGCUUAUGUAGUUAUCUUUCAUACAUCAGGAGGAAUUUGUAUCCAGCAAUAGAAAACAAAACCUGUAUAGAAUGCACAUCAAUAACAUCUACAUUGGUAGAUCUAGACAUUAUUCCUGAAGUUUGUGGUGUCAUGUAUGCAGCAUGUUAAUACAAACACUUAUUGUUUGUAAAUGUCUGGAUGUACUCUCAUGUUUCAUGAAAUGUAAUGACCAUAUAUGUUAUUGGAGGUGACUUUGUUUAGCAAUCUGUGAUAAAUUGAGCCUGAUUUGAUGUGCCAUUCAUAAAGCGCUUCCAGCCCAUCCACUUUGCUGUGCCUUUAGCCAAGGUUUAUUUCCCGCUUUACUACUCUUGAGACUGUUUUCCACUGUUUUUCUUUCAAAUAAUAAGAUGUCUUUAAAUAAUGGAGAUUAUCUUCUUAUUUCCACACAGUAAUUGGUUCAUAAAUUUGUAACUUUCUUUUAUAUUAUCAUAUGUUUAUGUCAAACUAAUUUCACAAACAUAACUAAAGUACAAAGGGCAGCAUUUGUGUUGUCACAGUGGUGUAAUUACCACAACUGAUUAUAA